AUGUAUAGCCAACCUGAGGACAACCCUGCCUUGAUAUGUGGCCACGAGAUAUGCAGCCGAAAUCUUUAUAAUCACCGAGCGUUCGCCGUCAGAUCCAUGAGAAUCGCCCACGAGAUCAAUGAUUUUCAUCCAUGUUCAGAGCGAUGCCCUCUGAAGCAUGCGAAAAAAGAAAAGCAUUUUCCAUUCGCCACGUUCGGCAACGACGAUUCCAUUCCACCCGAAUUGCCAGAACUCGACCAGCCCGACAUUCAAGAGCACUUUGAGAAGCGUCGCAAACUUCAGAUGGAACUACGACCACCAAAUCCUGAAAAUAUUGACAAUCAUAAUAUUUUCAAUGCACCUCUGGUCAAUCUCGAGCAAUACAUCGAUUUUCAUGACAUCGAACGUGAAAAUAAUAACUAUGACAAUCAUAAUAUCAAUAAUUUCAAUAUUGGUAGUAAACCAUUAUUACAACAACAACAACAUCAUCAACAUCAUCAACAACAAUAUAAAUACAACACACAUAGACAACAUGAGCAACAACAAAUAACUCCAUUGGUAGACAAAGAUGACAAGAUUGUUCUAUUUCUUUCAGAGUUGGCCAAAUUAUCAAGACAUAGUCAUGAAAUUUCUUUCAAUGACAUUGUUGAAUCGCUCAAUAUGAUCAAACAUCAAUUUUUUCAGAGGUCCAUUCCGGUUGUCUUGAAUGAAAUUAAACUUAAAUUUGGUGUCAAUGACCAAGAUUGGCAUAAUUUGUUAGAUAAAACAAAUUAUUUGGUCGAUAGCGGUGGUAGUAGUGAUAGCAGCGAUGUCAGUGAUAGUGAUUCUGCAGAAUCCUAUGAAACUGACUCUGAGCUCGACGAUUACCACGAUCAUGACGAUGAUCACGACAGCACCGGUGAGGUCGUUCCAGUUUUGAAAUCGAGAAGAAGUGUACUCGAGUUGAAGCACCAACAACAACAACAACGAUUACAACAACAAGAAGAACAAGAACAACUCAGACGACAACAAAGACAACAACAAAUAUCAAAGAGAAAUCAAAAACAACAACAACCAGUUAAACAACAAAAAAAACAAGAAGAUACCAAUUCACAUGCUUCAUCAAAAGAAUCAUCAGCGAAAUUCAAUGCACUUUCUCCAAGCAAAGCUGAGGAUACUCCUACCAAAUCUUCAAAGACACACGAUGAACCAUCUACUCCUGAACCACGUAGCCACCCAGGACGUCCUAGCACUAACCCAGUCGAAGCCGAGACUAUCUCUCUCACAAAGAGCAAUAUUAAAUUAUCGAAAUCACCAUGUUCCAUUCAUGUGAUUAUGAACACCACAUUCCAAAUGCUCAGAAACACCGCCAUUAUGUUUGAACCAAAGGAGUUCAGACGAUACGAUGAGCUUCUCUAUGAUUACAAUUACACCAAGCGCGAGUUGGUCAAUGUUAAUCGUGAGCAUCUCAGAGUGUCAGAGAAGAACGCAGAGCUGAAAAAGAGUAUUUCAGAGGCCGCCGAGAAGAUAGAGCAACUCAAGAUCAACAAGAGACUGGCCAAGUCAUACGAAAAAGACUCAGAGAUACUGGCAGCGAUGCAGUCGGAUCUCGAACAACACUACUCUGACAACGAUGUAAUCAACGUUAUAAGCAACCAUGAGUAUCUACUCUACAAAUUCCUCCAACUGAAGCAUGGAAAGCGACCUGUCUCAAGCGCCUCAAAGUCAAAGACCGAUCUCGAAACUGAAAUUUCAAACGACACCGAUAAGAAAGUGAAAAAGUUGAAAUUAUCAAAGAAAACAAGAUCUGAUGUUUAUAGACAAAUAGAUAUUGAAGGUUCUUCUGAAUUAACAAAACUUACUAUUCUUUGGGGUCAAUAUAGAAGUUUAAUAAGAGUUGUUCAGUCUGAUGAUUUCAAGAUUAGAGAUUCACAAUAUAUUAGACAAUCUUAUUUCUUUGGAAACAAUUAUAUCAUACUCUUUGGAAAGCAUGUCAAUCUAUCGUAUAUUGAUAUUUUGGUCAAUCAAUUGGGUCCUUUCAUUGAGCGUCACAACCAGAUAGACAAGUUGGUCAGUCUCGAUUGUCGAAUGGAUGUCAUGAGAAAGCAAAGUUUCAAUUCACACAAAAAGUAUUCAGAGAAAUGUCUUGAGAAAUCAGCUGAGAGCAGCAAUAACAACAACAGCAGCAACAGCAACAACGCAACUGAUAUUGCCGCUCAAAACAAAAAGAGAAAAUCAGCAGAGGGCAAAUCAACCAUCAAUAUCAUCGAAGAAGUUCGUAAAUUCUACAUCACUCAAUUCGAUGAAAACUCUCCGAAUACCAUCUAUCCUGUAGUCAAUGAUUGUUUUGGUUCGAAUAAAGUUGAAAUAGGUGUAGUAAAAGUAUUGAGAUAUACGAUGGGAUGUAAAAAACUCUACAAUAUAAUUACUCAAGCAGUAGAGUUAGUAAUUGUAAAUGAUUCACCAAUGAAAUCACCUCAUUAG